ACUAAGCCAGUGCAGAUGAUGUUCCAGAGAGGGAAAUUUAAUUGGACCUACAUACAAACAGUGCACACUCAUAUUGUUGAGCUCCCAUAUGUCAAUAAUGACCUCAGCAUGCUCAUACUGCUACCAGAUGACAUCAGCGAUGACAUCACUGGCCUAGAAAUGCUAGAAAGAGACUUGACGUAUGAGACAUUAUCCAGAUGGACCAGCUCAGAAAUGAUGGAGAAAACUGAAGUGGACGUGUAUCUGCCCAGGAUCAAAAUGGAAGAGAGUUAUGACCUCAACUCUACUUUGAGCAGCAUGGGUAUGUGAGAUGCCUUCAGUCAGAACCGAGCUGAUUUCGGAGGGAUGACUGAGAAAAAUGAUCUGGUUUUGUCAAAUGUUUUUCACAAGUGCUUUGUGGAGAUCAAUGAAGAAGGCACUGAGGCUGCAGCUGCCAGUGCGGCUUCUAUGCCAGCACGAAGUCUCAUUUCUGCCAUUCAGUUUGCAGCAGAUCACCCUUUCCUCUUCUUCAUCAGGCACAAUAAAACUAACACCAUCCUCUUCUUUGGCAGAUUCUGCUCCCCGUAAAAACUCAGAUUUCUGUUCCUAAACAAGAUCUUGC